UAGGUUGUUCCAUUGCAUGAGAGUCCAGGACCACCAACCCAGCUGCUUUGGACCGCCCCUGAUACCUGGCUCCUUCAGGAAAGAGGAUUUACAUUUCCUAAACCUCAUUUGAUCUCUCAUCUGGAGCCAGGAGCAGAGCCCUGUGUUCAGGAUCUGCAGGAUAGGGAGUCCCUGAGCUGCUCCUACCCAGUGUCAACUGAUAAGACAUGGCCUGAGAAUGAGAAGGCAAGUUCAGAACAAGAGGUUUUUGAAAAUGGAAAGCUCUACAGGGUGAAAUAUAACAGUCUCUUGGAAGUUGUUUCCCAGGAUCCUGAAGUUGGAGAGUUGUGUACGGAUGUCAAAUUAGAGAAUCAGUGGGAAACACCCAUAAGGGAGGCAUUGAGAGAAGAGAAAGGCAGCUCUGAGGAAGUGACUUUCAAAAAAGGAAAGAACCAGAAGGUACUUAGAAAAAACUGCAGUCCAAACUCAAAACAUAUUCCACAUAAUAGCGUUCUUACAGCACAGAAAUUCUAUGAAUGUGCCAAGCGUGGCAAAAACUUUAAUUGGCAUUCAGUCCUGAUUCUCCACGAGCGAAUUCAUUCUGGUGAGAAACCCCAUGUGUGUAACGAGCGUGGGAAAGCAUUCAGGACCAGAAAUCACCUUUCUGUGCACCAGAUAAUCCACACAGGAGAACCCUUUAACUGCACCCAGUGUGGAAAGGCCUUCAAUCGUAUAUCAGCUCUUUGCCGACAUAAAGUAACCCACGGUGAAGAGAAGCGUCACGAGUGAAGGGACUGUGGGAAGACCUUCCGGUUUAAGCAGUACCUUACCAUCCAUGUCAGAAUCCACACUGGGGAGCAACCUUAUGAAUGCAACAAAUGUGGGAGGGCGUUUAGUCAGAGCUCAGACCUAAGCAAACACAAACGAAUCCACACUCAGGAGAAACAUUAUGGUUGCCCCCAGUGUGGAAAAGCCUUCACUAUCAAGGCAGAGAUCACCAAACACGGAAAGAGCCACACUGAAGAGAAACCUUACAAGUGUGAGGAUUGUGGGAAAGCUUUUCAUCAUAACUGUAAGCACAGGGCUCAUGAACGAGAACACACUGGGGAGAAACCCUACUGAUGUGGGGAUUGUGGGAAAGCUUUCCAGGACCAGUACAGCCUUACUGUCCAUCAAAGAAUCCACACUGAAGACAAGCCUUAUAAAUGUUCAGAGUGUGGCAAAGCUUUCAGUGAGAAGUCGACCUUAACCAGUCAUCAGAGAAUCCACACUGGAGACAAGCCUUAUAAAUGUGAGGUGUGUGGAAAGGCCUUUAUUCGUAGUUCAGUCCUGAGGCAGCAGAAAAGAAUCCACACUGGUGAGAAGCCAUAUACCUGCUAUGAGUGUGGCAUGUCUUUCCACCAGGGCUCAGCUCUAAUUGGACAUAAGCGAGUUCAUACCGGGAAGAGACCUUAUGAAUGUGAGGUAUGUGGAAAAGCUUUCAGAGUGAGCUCAAAUCUUAGUGGACAUAAGAAAAGAAAACAUUGAAUGUGGAAAACUCAUGAACUUGAUGAGAGUAGGAAAUCCCUCUGUCCGGAACUGUUUCUCAGACCUUCUCAAACCACCAAAGAACCUCUGCCUGGGGUUCAGCCAUCACCCAGUCUGGGAGAAGCGCGGGGAGGAAGCCCGCGGAUCCAAGAUGCCUGCCCCUUUUGUCACAACGCAAGAGAAAGGAGCCGCGCGGACCGAGAGCCCCAGGGGACGCUGUGGGUCGCAGGUCCGCGGUGGCAGGUGACGCCCAGCGGGAGCCCCCACGCCGCUGAGAAAAAAACGGGUAAUUUGUACGUUCACAGGCGAAGACAGGUUGAGGCUCCAGGGAGAUCAAGCAGCCCGGAGACCGCUUUGGCCCAGGAUUCACAGCUGCUGUGCGGUGUUCUGGGGCUGUACCCCAGCGCCAGCUGGAGCGGGGCGGAGCCGAGGAAUCCGAGGGAGCCGGAGCGCAUGUUUAACCCCCCGCAGCUCUCGCAGUUUCGGAAGCUCCGCACAGGGCUGAGGGCUGGGCACCAAGAAGAAACCCAACAAAAGACCUUCCAGGCCCGGCAGCCUCGGAAGCUUGGAGGUAGGCCCGGAACUGCGGCAGGAGUACCAUGUCACCGUCGCGCCUCGGAGGCAGCACCUGCUCCCGUGACCCUAGGCUCCAGCGCGUCCCUCCCAAGGGCAGGUGGCGGGGCCUCCCUGUCCUCUCCAGGAGGAAACAGCUCAGGCCCCGAAGCCACGAAAUCCUGUCGCUCGCUGGAGGCGCGGGCCAAGUCCCGCCCCCAGAGCCGCCUCUUCCGCUCGCGCCGGGGUGGGGUCUACGCGGCCGCCGGGAUCCGCUCGGAGGCGGCCACGUUGUCUAGCGCGCUUGUUGCGCCUGACCCUGUGAGCCUGACCGCGGCGCCCUGCUCCCGGCCCCUUGGCGUAGUCGCGAGGCUUGGUGAGGCGGCAGUAUUCCCGCGCUCACUCCGCGGGGUACAGUGGCGCAGGGAGCGGCCUGGCCCCUCUGAGGCUUCCGCGCGCGGUCGCGUCUGGGAUCUGGGCCUGAGAGGCGCCGCCCUCCGUGCGCCCCGCUUGCCUCCUCCCCGUGCCGCCCAGGAGCAGCGAACGGGAAAGAGCGCAGGAGAGUUGGGCUCCACGUAG